AUGAAGAUGAAAGUCGUGACGGGGCUGUCGCACAGCAUGCCGAAGCUCGUUUGUCCCGGGGGCGAUCAAGGACUCGUGAUCAGCACGAAGAACUACAGCAACGACAUUGUCAUCGACAGGGCAGCCAUGACGGUCACGGUUGACAGUGGUGUGGAGCUUCGCAACUUUGUGGACACUCUCGCAAGUUCCCAGCUCGCUUUUCCACAAUCUUCAUGCUGGAGCGGCGUCACGAUCGGUGGCCUCCUCAGCACCGGUGCUCACGGAAGUUCUCUUCGAGAUCUGGGAAGUGCUGUUCACGAGUACGUGACGAGCAUCAGGCUCGUGGUUCCGGCAUCGCCAGCAGAGGGAUACGCGAAAGUUUUAACUUUCACCCAAGCUAGCGAAGAUCUGAACGCGGUCAAGGUUUCUCUCGGAGUUCUAGGCGUGCUGUCCAAGAUCACACUCAAGGUGGAGCCGAUGUUUAAGAGGUCCGUGACCAACACCAUGAGGUCGGACAGCGAUCUGGAGGAUCAAGUCGCCACUUUUGCAAAUGGUAACGAUUAUGGUGACAUAACUUGGUAUCCUUCCAUGAACCGGGCGGUCUACCGGAUCGAUCAACGGGUUCCAAGCAUUGUUCCCGGAAAUGGAGUGAACGAUUUCAUCGGCUUCCAGCCGACAGCAGUGUUGAUCUCUCAAGCUACGAGAACCACAGAAAGAGUUUUUGAGUUCACGAGAGACACGCAAGGUACGUGUAACAGAGCUCGGCUACAGGCAUUCACGCUCUGGACGACUGGCUACGGGCUCAAGAACAACGGCGUUCUCUUCACUGGUUAUCCGCUGAUUGGAAACCAGAACAGGAUACAAACCUCAGGAACUUGCUACAACUCUUCCAGCUCGCUCUUCACUUGCCCAUGGGAUCCCAGCAUCGAUGGCUUGUUCUUCCACCAGACAACCAUCUCGAUCGCCCUCGAAAGAUCCAGGGACUUCAUACUCGACGUGAAGAGGCUGAGAAACGCGACUUCGAACGGUCUGUGCGGUCCCGACGGCUACAGUAAAUUUCUAAUGCGCUACGUGAAGAAAUCCAGCGCUUACUUGGGAAAGCCCGAGGAUUCCGUGGACAUCGACGUCACUUACUAUCGAGCGGACGACGCAAACACUCCAAGGCUCAACGAAGACGUCCUCGAAGAGCUCGAGCAAAUGGCCGUUUUCAAGUACCAGGGAACUCCACACUGGGGAAAGAACCGCAACGUUGCCUUCGUCAACGCUUCCAGAAAGUAUCCAAACAUUCCAAAGGUUUUGGAUGCGAAGAAGAGGCUGGCUUGUUCUCGAGCGAGUGGUCGGAUCUGGUUCUCGGAGUGA